AUGCUGCUUAUCGCGCGAAAAUGGAGGUCACGAAAGACCGUGCUCUACCUGUUCGCUGCAGAGUUUCCCUUCACUGUGGCCGCUCUCGCCCUCUUCGCCAUUGCACAACCGAACACCUACCGAACUAGACUGUGGGAAGAUGGUUACAAUAAUGGCUUCAACAGUUCGCCCGCUGAGAUUCUCUACUCCUACGCAAACCAUAGACCGAUGAGUCCUCCUAUCAUUUGGAGUCAAUUUAUUACCGACUACAAUGUCGUGAUCUCAGUGCUCUCGAUGUUCAUAAUGCUGGUCAAACCUGUCCUAUUUUUCAUGCGCGCCCUGAUUCCGAUACUCUCUGCUUUGAUUCAUACCCUGCUGGUCGUCCUGUAUGCAUACAGUGCAUAUGGACAAGCUGCACCUGACAUGACCGACAAGAACCAUCCACAGAAAGGCGCACCCUGGUACAUCACAAAGAGUUGUAAUGUUGCUUCGGACAAGAAGAACAUUGGGUACUGUGAACAAGCAAAAGCCAGCUUUGCAGUGACGCUUUGUCUCUUGAUUCUCUUCGCCAUAACGCUAGCCGUCUCACUUUACUCUUGUGUGCCUACCAAAAAUGAAAAGCUUGCCCGAGCCGCCGACUUCGAAGAGACCGAAAUACCAGAAUACUCGCCAGAGACAGCCCGGCUCGACGAGCAAGAGUGGGAAAAAAUGAGGUCGCAGGCGGAGUGGCAGUACUCGUUGGCGCCAGGAACGUCGAACGUGCUGAAUCCGAUGACACCGAGAACGGUGGCUUUCCAGACGUUGGAAGGAAGUCCCGCAACAGGCUCCAAUACGUUGCCAUUCAGGGAGCAGUAUGGAGGACCCGAUGGCCGAUAA